CGUUGUGUAUUUCCUGUUAUAGAUAAUGAGCCCAAAAAUGGACUUUAUUUUAUAAACCGUCAAUUUGUGUCAAGCAAAAUGGCCGCCAAUUUAGGGAGUGAGAUGGACAAACAGUCAGAUGAACUACUUCACAUGUUAUGUUCACCCUGUAAACGUAAGGGAAGAAACAAAGAAGCGGACAAAUACUGCGUAGAUUGUUAUGAUUACUACUGUUCUGAUUGUGUUAAAUUUCAUGGGGAUAUUCCAGCCCUGUCUGGACAUAAGAUUAUAGACAAAGGUCAAGUUAAUGAUGGAACGAGUGGAACAUUGCCUGUUACACCAACACAAAGAUGCGAGAAUCACCUGUUUAAACUUGUUGACAUGUAUUGUCAAAGUCAUGAUAACGUUGGAUGUUCUACAUGCAUGGCAGUAGACCACAGGUCAUGUGACGAUGUUUUCUAUGUGCCUGAGUACGUCUUUGACCAUGACCCUACAAGUCAAUGUGAAAAAGUUAAUCGAAAGGUGCAAGCUGUUACCAGUGACUUUGAAUUUCAGCUGAAAAUUCGACAACGGGAAAUAAAACGUCUUUAUAAACAGAAAGAGGAGGAAGUUGAGAAAAUAAAACAGUUCCGGAUUGACAUCGACCACAAACUUGACAAUCUUGAAAAGAAGAGCAUUGAUCAUAUAGAAGAUGAAUACAAAGCAUUAAUUAAGACGUAUGAAGAGCAAAUAACCAUACUGACAACUUUCCAUAAAGAUAUCCAGUCUUCAGCAAGGGAGUUAAAAUCCGCCACGUCAAACCUGUCGCAAAAAUUUGUGGGGAUGAAAGUAGCUAACACAGUUACAGAAACGGCAGACAAUGGUUGGAAAGAGAUGGAAAUACAAUUUAGAAGAAUUGAUGUUGUCUUUGAAGGUCAACAAAAGCUAAUUACAAUGGUAGACCAAAUGAACAAAUUGGGAGAACUUGUUGAAAAGCCUGCUAUAUAUAUGCAUGGGGAAAAGAGGGAAAUAAGUUUCAAACAUGAUUCAGACGGAAGUAUUUGUUAUGAUAUACACAGUAUAUGUAUGCUUAAGGAUGGAUCUGUUAUAAUCGCGGACAGAUACAAUGAAAGUUUGAAACGUCUUGAUAUGAUCUCAUCUAAAAUUGUAGAUGCUUGUAAACUUUCGAUUUCCCCGUGGCAAGUUUGUGAAGUUGACAAUGAGAUAGCUGUGUCCUCUGCUAGGAUGAAUAUUAAAUUUGUAACUACAGAACACCCUCUUAAAGUAACACGGGAAAUGAAAACCGAACACAGAUGUUACGGCUUAGGGUACAAAAAUGGGAAAAUUUAUGUAACUGAUUCAAACGAGACUAUAUUAGUCUACAACAAGACAGGGAAAAUACUGAGUCAAUUUUCCAAAGAUCAGUCAGGUGAUAACUUGUUCAGCAACAUCAUCAGUCUUACAGUCAGUCAAGAUGUUAAGAUAAUUUAUGUUGCUGACAACAGAUAUGCAGAUUCUACAUAUGGUAUUGUAGUUAUUAGUAAAGAAGGACACUUAUAUGGGAAAUAUAAUUAUAAUAAUCUUAGUGGCUUGAGGGAAAUUUGUGAAACAGACAAUGGAGAUAUUCUUGUUUGUGGUGCAUUAUCUAACAAUAUUGUACAAUUUUAUCCAAACGGUGAAGUGGUAGGAGAAAUACUCACAUCAGAUGGUAAAGUGGGAGGUUGUACGGCUGUUUGCUUUGAUUGCAAUUUCAAGAGACUGAUUGUUCGGCGAAAUAGAGGAUAUCAUAUAGAAGUGUAUGACAUAAUUUGAUACAGAUUUUGAUGACGUUCAAUCAUUACCUUAUUUAUUGAUUAAGUUUUAAUACAUCUGUAAUGAUAUUCAGUUUAGAUUAUCUGAAAACAUUUAUUUUGUAUACAUUAUAUCUUUCCAUUAAUCUUCAAUUUCAAGAUCAGUGCAAAACAUAACUGCUCAUUGUUUUCAUAAAACUAAUACAAUAGUUUAAGUAAAAUUGUAUUUUUACCAUUGACUGUCCUUUAUUUAUAUGUUAUAUUUAUAUCUUUAUAUAGGUGUUUUCUGACUGAAUAAUGAUAAUAAUGAAUAAACUCUAUAACUAAAUACAAAGUGAAUGCAAUGUAAGCUACUUUCAACAGUCGGACCUCGACUGUCAAAAUCAAAUUUGUCAUAAACAUAUGUAUUCUUUUUUCCAAGUUUAAAUACAGUCCUUAAAUAGAUAACAAACUUUUUGUCAAUUGUAUCAAAAUUAAUUUAUUUGACCUUAAGUACCAAUGCCUAAUUAAGAACAUGAUGAAGUUCAAUUACAUCUUCCCUUAAGUCUUGACCGUUCUGCAUUCUUUGAAAAAGUAAAGCAAACAAUAACGUGCAUUAUCUUCUUAUUUCUAUCUAUCUAUAAUUAUUUACGUUUCAUUCAAAAUUAAAAAUAUCAUUUUUGAUUGUUCACAAUGUAAUGCUUUAUGUACAUCUAUUUGUUGCUAUAGCUACCUGAAUUUUCAAUAAAGCAAGAAAAAACUAGAAAUUCGUUAUUU